AAUGACGUGCAUGUGACAAACUGGAAGCCCAUUGCAAGAUUUUAUGUUUUUGUCGAAAAUUCAAGCAAAAUCUCACAGUUUUGAAAACGGAAUGAAUUUCGACAAAAUUUGUCGUCUCUGUUGCGACCGCAGCUCUCGACUAUACUCGAUUCUUGAAGAACGCUAUACUUAUUCACUGAAGAGUCUAUUCAGUGAUAUUUUACAAAUAGAGAUUUCUGCCGAUGAUGAUUUACCACAACAAAUAUGCGAGUUGUGCAGGUCUACAUUGAGCAAGAUGCACGAAACCAUUAAGGCCUUCCGUGAGAAUGAUCGUAUGUUGCGGUUGCAGCGAUAUGGAGAAUUGAUGCAGGUUGACAUAAAAGAGGAAAUAUUCGAUACAGAGGAAACGAACCAUGUUUUUAUUCAGGAAUUGAACAUAGACGUUGGUGAUCAAAACAUGUUGACGCAGAGUAUCGAAAACGAUCAGCAGGCUACUAGUGACUUGGAACUGCAUGAAGAAUGGUUGCAAUCGGAUACCGAAAGUCUUCCUGAUACUUUCGAAAAAAAGAAAAAAUCUGCCAACAAGCAACGCAACAGAAAACAAAAAGAUGAUCGGAAACAAGCCAGAGGGCGCAGAGGUGGACGACCCAGAACCCGCUUUGAAGACCCAAACCGUCCUCGGCUUAAUGAUUUUAUAUGUUACAUAUGCAAAAGCGAUUCAUUGGGUACGCCUGAAGCUUUACUUGCUCAUCUAGAUUCUCAUUUGAACAUGAUACCUUACACUUGUACCGCUUGUGUGUUGGAAACCGUGGUCAUCAGCAGGGUGACGACGCUCAACAUUCACAUGAGGAUGCACGAAAAUCCACACAAAUGUCCCCACUGCGAUCGGCGAUACAGCAACAAACGGGCUAUUGAUACACAUGUGCAGACAUUUCAUCUAGGCGACAAUGCUCCAUGCCCUUCGCCCUGUGAUCAGUGUGGUAAGGUUUGUUCUUCCAACGCAUCAUUAAAACAACACCAAAAAUUGCAUACCAGUGGAUCAACCUGCGAAAUUUGCGGGAAAAUAUUUAUCGGAAAGCACAAGCUUCGCAGACACAUCGAAAGAAUCCAUGAGAAAAUAAAGAAAUUUGAAUGUUAUUUGUGUCAGAAAAAGUUGUCCUCUCUGACCGCACUACAAGUUCAUAUCAAAACAAUGCAUUCAACGAAAGAGGUGAAGUGUGUUUACUGCGACAAGAGUUAUCCAUCUGAGCUAUCUCUUCGUUAUCACCUGAAAAAGCACGAACAGAAUCCCAAUGUAAAAUUUUCGAGUAAUUGGAAAGACUACUACACUUUCGUGGAAGCGGAUGAAGGAACCAGACCAGAGGAUAGACUAAAGAAGUGUAAUUUGUGUGGAUCUGUGUUCAAGUCCAUUGCGCCCCAUAUGCAUUUGGUACAUUUUCCGACGGAGUAUAAAUGCGAAUUGUGCGACAUGGUAUUCAAGCGUAAGUCGUCGUACAAUACUCAUGUCCUAGAACACAAACAUGGCAAGGCCCACAGGUGUCCGAUCUGCGGCAAAGAAAUUUCCGACAGAAAAAACUUGAUUGCCCAUCUAAGAACAAAAAAACAUCGGGAUCAUCCGCUAAGUAAAUGUCUUGAUUGGCUAAAUAUACAAAAAGGACCUGAUAGAGUCGUAGUUAAAGUUGACAGAAAUGAUUCGGAAUGCGAAACGGAAAUUAAGCCUGAGAUCCAAAAGUUGCUUUAAUCACUUCAUCAUUGUUACCCACUUAGCGUCUUUUGGAGCUAACUCACCACGCUGGCCGGCUGUUCAUUUAUAGCUAAGCAUUUUUGCAAUCAAUUGUUAUAUUCACGUAUUUGAACAUAGACCUUUA